AUGUCUAGCUCUGAAGAAAAGAGUAUUGAAAGUGAAGAAGUUAAAGAAGAAGUUAAAGAAGAAGUUGAAAAGAAAGAAAAGAAGGAGAAGAAAGACAAAAAAGAAAAGAAGGAGAAGAAAGAUAAAAAAGAAAAGAAAGAAAAGAAACAUAAGAAGGACAAAAAAGAAAAGAAAGAGCAUAAACACCACCAUCACUCAAAGAAAGAAGAAGAAGAAAAGAAAGAAGAGCAUAGUGAAGAAGAAAAGAAGGAGGAGUCUAAAAUGGAAGAAGAGCAUAAUGAAGAAGAAAAAGAAGAUAAAAGCCACAGUGAAGAAGAAAAGGAAAAAAGUCAAAGUGAAGAAGAAAAAGAAAAGAAAGAAGAAAAGAAAGAUAAUGAAACAAAAGAAUUUAUUCCAGUUGAGGAUGUUAAAUUAGUUAGUGUCUUUGUAAAGAAUAUUCCAUAUGGAUGGGCAACUAAUGAUAUGUAUCAAUAUUUUGCUUCUAGUGGACCAGUCAAAACUCGUGUUAUUACUAAUAAAGAAACAGGAAAAUCAAGAGGAUUUGGUUAUCUUGAUUUUGUUGACUUAGAAGCUGCUAAUAAGUUUGUUGAAGAACAUCAAGGUGAAGAGGUUGAUGGUAGACCUCUCUUUUUAGACUUAGCUGAUGGAAAGAAAGGUGGUGAUAAAGAUAAUAAUGGAGGAAAAUUCGGUGCAUUUGGAUCAAGUAAUAAAACAGGAAAACAACAUACAUACAAAGGUAAACAAGGAGGAGAUAAUGUUUGUUUCAAUUGUGGUAAACCAGGUCAUAUGAGUAGAGAAUGUCCAGAGCCAAGAAAGGAUAAUAGAAAAGGAGGAUUUAAACGAUCUUUUAAUGAAAAUAAGACUGAAACAAAAAAUGAUCCUAAGCAUAUUAGAUUUGAUUAA